UAAAAAAGAAAUAACGAGAAGUUUGGGUUUAAAUUAAUUUCAUAUGGGUUUGGAAGGUUUCACGUUACAAAGUUAAUACUAGAUGUACAGGCCCGCCCAAACCAGAAGCCAUAUACAUCCAUGAAAAUCAGUUUAUUUGCAAUGAUCCUCUUUCCCUCGCAUUCUUUUGAAAUAAUCUUUGAUUGUCGAAUCUUGCUUCGCAACCACAACUCUUUCUCUCAAGAACUGAACUCCACUGCAAAGCCAUGGCUUCUUGUUCCCAUUGGUGGCAUGCACCAACCUACUUCACAAUCUCAGUAGUCUUGGCAUAUAUCGCCAUCUCCACAGUUCCGAAUUCUCCAUCAAGAAACCCAACAACUCCACCAAUCAGCCACAAACUCUCACUCAACGCAUCAGCAGCUUUAAGGAGAUCAGGUUUCAACAUCAUAAGUACCCUUCUUUCCAUCUCGCCUGAAAUCUUUCUUUCAUCCCCUAACUCAACCAUCUUUGCCAUUCAAGAUUCUGCCCUCACCAAUGCUUCUAACGCUCUUCCUCCAUGGUUCUUGAGACAUCUCCUCCAAUACCAUACUUCUCCUUUAGUAUUUUCCAUGGCUGAUCUCUUGAAUAAGCCUCAGGGUAUCUGCUUCCCUACCCUUGUUUAUCGAAAAAAUGUUGCUGUGACCAAGGUUGAUGCCAACCAAAGGUUUCUUGAGAUCAAUCAUGUCUUGGUUUCACAUCCUGACAUAUUUCUUGAAGGGAAUCUUGCAAUUCAUGGCGUUCUUGGACCUUUUUCUUCGAUGGGUUCUCAAGAUUUUGAUCAGAUUUUGGAUUCAAUUCAAGCUCCUAUAUGUGAUGCCAAUUCUAGUUUGAUUUUAGACGCCAGUGAUCCCAAGAACAUGAUUGAAUGGACUAGGAUAGUCCGUUUGUUAAGUUUUAAUGGUUUUGUUUCAUUUGCAAUUGGGUUGAACUCUGUUCUUGAUGGGAUUCUUAAAGAUUACAGCAACUUGAAUUCCGUAACAAUAUUUUGUCCUCCAGAAUUGGCAUUGGUUGCAUCUCCUUCGCCAAUGCUUGAUAAGAUUGUGAGAAUUCACAUUCUGCCGACGAGGGUUACAUAUACAGAACUUGCUUCCAUGCCAGACAAAUCCUUGCUAAGGACACUGCUUCCCCACCAGCAACUCAAGAUAACUGGAGGUUCUAAUGUAUCACAAGUUUUAACUGUUAACGGAGUAGAGAUUGUAGCACCAGAAAUCUUCUCAUCAAAGAAGUUCAUCAUUCAUGGUAUUUCUCAGACUUUUGAGGUGGUUGAGCUUCCAAGUACAGCAAGGAUGGGAGCUUCCAGUUCAACAAUCAAAGAAGAUGGUGGCUUCAGGCAGCUUUUGUUAUCAGAGUGAUCUCUAGCCAUUGAUCUGCUUCUUAUCAGAAUCAGAAAGGGUAGGUUAAUAGCUGAUCUGUUCUCACAAGUGUAAUGCAUUUAUGUACAUGGGAAUUGGGGUUUGGAUAUCAUUAUCCAACAUUCGGAAAAUUCUAUAAAACAAAACGUUUCAAUUUUUUGA